UUAGUGAGACACAUUUUUAUUCUACAAAGGUCCUGAUGACACAAAGGUCUGCAUAGUAAAGGGGCAAAAGUUAGCAGUAGAACUAAAGGAUUAAAGGAUUUUCUUGAAAGAUACAACUGCUGCCAGAUUAUCGAGAACUGCAAUCAUGGCACCUAUUUUACUGAACAGCAUUGGAAAUGAACACAGCAGUUACAUUCAACAGGUGGAGUAUGUGAAAAACCCUCACCUGGACAGCAUGGAAGAGGACAUCCUGUACCACUUAAACCUGGGCACCAAGACCCAUGACCUGCCCCAAAUGUUUGGGGAUGUAAAGUUUGUUUGUGUUGGCGGAAGUCCUAAUCGGAUGAGAUCUUUUGCCCAGUUCAUCCAUGAGCAGCUGGAGCUGCCUGGAAACAUUGCUGACAUCAGAGAUAUCUGUGAGGGAACGGACCGAUACUCCAUGUAUAAAGUGGGACCUGUGCUGUCCAUUAGCCAUGGCAUGGGCGUUCCCUCCAUCUCCAUCAUGCUGCAUGAGCUCAUUAAAAUGCUCUAUCAUGCUCGUUGUCGUGAUGUCAUCAUCUUUCGCAUUGGCACGUCAGGUGGAGUUGGUCUGGCUGCAGGGACCGUAGUGAUCACAGAUAAAGCUGUGGACUCUUUCUUCAGGCCCCAGUUUGAGCAGGUGGUUUUGGGAAAGGUUAUCAUCAGGAGCACAGAGCUAGAUGAAGAUGUAGCCCAAGAGCUCCUGCAGUAUUCCUCAGAGCUUCCAGAUAUUCCUACUGUUAUUGGAAACACAAUGUGCACACAUGACUUCUACGAAGGUCAGGGGCGACUGGAUGGAGCCCUGUGCUCAUUUUCCACUGAAGAAAAAUUCGAAUAUCUGAGGAAAGCCAACGAGGCAGGCGUCAGGAACAUUGAGAUGGAAUCCACUGUCUUUGCUGCCAUGUGUCGUGUCUGCAAUCUUAAAGCUGCAGUGGUGUGUGUGACUCUGCUGAACAGGUUUGAGGGAGAUCAGAUUUCUUCACCUCAUGAUGCUCUUCUGGAAUAUCAGCAGAGACCGCAGCGCCUUGUGGUUCAUUUCAUCAAGAAACGUCUUGGACUCAUCUCAUAAAAAUAUGUCAUUAAUAUCUACAGUGUAAAUAAUACUGUUUAUAGUGUGUUUGUGUUAUUUAAAGGUGACAUUCACAUUCUCAAACCAUCCUCAGCUGACUUCCUAACAUUUAAAACCAAUGAACACACACCACUUUUAAUGUUGUAAGUAAUUUGUGUGUAUUAUAACUUGUAAAUCUACUAUAUGAUUUAAAUUAUAUGUGUGGUAAACUUAUCGGCUUAUUGUAAAAAAUAA